ACAAGGUCAGGUCUGCUGACCCCAGUAAUCAGCUUGAGCCUCCUAAUCCACCACAGCAGGAGCGUAGGACGCACAGCAGUGACCUGGGAGCCGGCAGGGGCCAUCUUGGCCUCCUUGGCAGACGCCGCCUGGGCGGGGAUGGGGCAGCCGAGCCAUGUGCACCACCCUCCUCCUGCUCAGCACCGUGGCUAUGCUCUGGCGCCGACGAUUUGCCAACCGGGUCCAACCAGAGCCCAGCGAAGUAGAAGGGGCCGUCCUGGGCGGCAGCCUGCAGACAGACACCCAGUCCCCUGGCAGGGAGAAGCCUGUGGAGUAAGCCCUCACCUGGGCAGGGGCAGCUCAGCCCCAGGAGUGGGAUCACCUGGCCCAGCAGUCCUUGCAAGAACCCAGAGACUGGCCCUGUAUCACCCACAUCUUAGGAAUGAGAACACAGAGAGGCUCACGGACUUGCCCAGCACCACCCAGCUGAGACACCGUGGGCCGCCCCGGGAGGCGCUGACAGACUCGCCUACUCGACGCGCGUUCCGGAGUGCCCGUGUGCCAGCUCCUGUGGG